CCGUCUUUUUUGAAGAGGGCAGGCGGAAUAUCAACAUAUUUUUAGUUUUUCCAGUAUGAGAGUUUUCCGCGUCCCCAAAUCGGUUGCUAAACAUAAAGGACUGGGUUUAUCCAAUAAAUUGUUAAUGUAGCUUAUUGAACAACAUUUCGUUAUUUAUAUGUCUUGGAAUGACAAUGUUUUAGUAGAGAACGUUAAUAACAGUUUUUACAAAGGUCUUGGCUUCUGUACGUCUCUACGGUAUGGAUUUUUCUUUCCUGACAUUUUCACCCCCGAAAAGGAACAGUAGAAUACCAAAACUUGGCUGUAAGCACAGAAAGUCAAAGUCCCCAGUCACAAUGCCAAGAAACUUGCCAGCAUUUCACAAAGAUAAAGAGUUGCAGAAAAUAACCACCAGUUUAAGCACCAGGGAAUUGUACAGUGGAUGCUGUACUAAUUCGAAACACAAGUCGAGAGGGAAGGAGAACCGUGAGAAAGUAACGCCCAGACGUUUUCCAAACCAUUUCUCGUCAAAAACACACUCUCCGGUAAUGAGCGUUAGUAAAAAGAUAUUUUUCAAGCCAUGCGGAAGAACGAAUUGUAGUCCACCCAAGGAAGAAUUUAGCAAAAAUUCAAGCAUCACCGUAAUCAGUGACAACAGCAUCGUCAACACAUCUAAUGUGUCAUCUAAUGCAAAGGAAACUAAUGUAGAGUUUUGUCAGCAACAGGAAUCUUGUGCGACUGGUUCUGGCGAUGUUGAUGACAGCGUGGUGGUGGUUUCCGAUACCAGUUGCAGCAUUGGAGACAUACAAAAAGCAUUUAAGUUAAUUAGUGUUAAGGAAAAAAGUAAGUCUGCUAGAGACAGUAGUGUGUACAUUGUGAACGAAAGUGGUAGUAGCGGCACUUCUAGUGUGAACGUUGGGAGUGCAAAAAAAUUAGUGGCAGAUAUUUCAAACAUAAUUCCAAAUACUAGCUCAAGUGAUGAGUCUAAUACGAAGACCCCGCGCAAGUUCCCACUCGGAAGGAGUCACAAUUUUUUCUGCUCAGAAUCACGAACAGUAGGUCAUAGAAUCAGGAAUUUCCCAAGCCAUACGGAUAAUGUGCUGGUGGGUUGUAGUACACAUGUCGCUAGUUCUGAUCGUGAUGAUAGUUUGCUGGUGGGUAGUAAGAUAGGUGUUGGAAAUGGUAGGGACGAUUCAAAUGCUGUGUCGAAGAAAGGCAAACACAUCGUCACCCAGUUGGAGAACACGAAGCCUAAAGGUAAAUCAAGACCUGCGAAGCCCUACAAGGAGACGUUGCAGAACUCUGUUAGACAAUGUUUGCUCCGCGAAGCAUGCGAGAGUGGUGUGAAAGGUGUUGUUCACGAGAGAAACAGACGCACGGAAAACACAUUCUCGGUGGAAAGAAAUCUGCAGUCCAAUACUUCUGGAAAUGUUCCCAAAGAAGAAACGGGGUUAUCGACAGAGGGCGGUGGGGACAAGGCUACUGCGCCCGACUGUGACGCCGAUAUGGACGACCAAUCUGGGAUCAAGACUCUCAGUCCCGUUGCCGUCUCAACUCCCUUGUUGUCGUCGACAAAGUACAGAGAAGUUGAGAACUGGCUGAAUGCUAAUGACUUUCACAGUGCAGAGGAAAGUAUAUCAGAUGGCAAGACAGACCGUUCCGGUUUGAAAGCCAUCAGUGUGAGCUCCACUCCAAACAGAACUGACGAUGGUUUGUCUGUUUCGACAGUAGAGAUAUUGACUAAGGUGUACGGGAGUGACUGGCGCAGUGCUGACAUCCGUAAGAAGUGCUAUACGGAACCAGUGCAGAAACACAGGCCCUUCAAGGAUGCUGAAAGCCCUAGAAUAAAACAUGUCAAAACUAAUGGCCAGACAAAGAGGAGUUCUUCCUCUUCAAGUGGGGGAGAUGACAAAUUAUCGGAAUUUCUGAAGACGGUUUACUGUGGCGGCAAGCCAGAUAAACGACGCCAGCUGCUCAGUACUCCAGAUUUCAUUGAUGAUAACAGUGUGGAAAACAGUCCUACACUUUAUUUGAAAAUUCAGAGUUUAGAUGUGAAAACCGACGUGAAAAAAACUCGCCGGCUACUUCAAGAGAGUAGUGGAAGUGCGUCAAGUAAUUCUGGUGAAGAAAAUGGCGUAGUUCGAAAACUCGACUUCUUGAUACCCGAGUCAGGCAGCAGUGAAAAGAGCACACCUGCGCGCGUCAAGCAACUGCCUGUGGUAAAGAAAAACAAAAAAGUGUUAGCUGUGAAGGGUAGAGAGUCCAAAAAAACUGCUGGUGUGACUGUAUUUGUUAAAAAAGAGCAAAAGGUAUGCACCAGAAGAGCAUCACUUCGUACUCAGCCCACACUUAGCUUCCUAUCUUCCUUAUCAGCCCCAACACCAGAUGGCAAAUGCGAUGCAGAAGCUCGGUACUUCAAGAAGAAUUUUUCGAAGUUGAAAGAGGAGCUGGGAAUAAAGUUAUUUCAACUUUUCAAUGAAAAGGUUUUUGAUAAUAAGCUGCCACAUGACAUGCCACUCGAGUGGAACGUAAGAAUGAAGCAGACCGCUGGCUACUGCUACAGCAAGCGAACGCUAUCCUCUACUGGGGAGAAGAUACGGACUUCACGGAUAGUGUUGUCCACCAAGGUGAUCGCCACGCCGGAUCGUCUGAGAGACACGCUGAUCCACGAAAUGUGCCACGCCGCCGCGUGGAUCCUGGACAUGGCGAAGGACGGCCACGGACCCCGCUGGAAGGCGUGGGCCAAAAGAGCCUCAGCUGCCUUCCCUGAGCUCCCGCCCAUACGUCGUUGCCACGACUACAACAUCCACACCAAGUUCACGUAUCGGUGUGUGGGCUGCGGCUAUAGCUUUGGAAGACAUUCAAAAUCUCUAAACUUAACGGUGAAACGCUGUGGCUACUGUUUCGGAGAAUUUGAGCUGCUGUUAAACACCAAGAACAAGGCGGGCGUGGUUGUCCAAACCCCGAAGCCACACCGCAGCCCGCGUGGCUUCGCUCGUUUCGUGAAAGACAACUACAAUGCCAUCAAGAAGUCGAAGCCCAGCCUGAAGCACGGUGAUGUUAUGAAGCUGUUGAGUGAGAAGUUCAAGGGUAAGCAGCAGAAACCUUCCAGUUGAUGUUCAACUUCUGUUACACGGAUGUAGCAACGUUUUUAAAACCCAACUUUUGUUCUUUGAAAGAGCAUCGAAUGAGGAAAUAUUUUUACACGUUUACGGAAUGUAUUAGAUAAUUUUUAUAUGAUGAUAAACCAUAAUUUAUUCGUAAAUUUAAUCAAUUGGGAUGUUUGUAAUUUUAGAAUAUAGAACGUAGUGUAGUGCGUUUAUUUGUGUCUGUAAAUGUUUGUGUUUAAUAUUAUAUACAUGUGAUACAAGUGCUUAGUGGCUUGUAUUUUUUUGAAGUUAUCGUGAUUUGUUGUCUGUGUUUGAUGAUUGAUGAUUUUAAUGUAUUGAAAUGAUUAUCAAAUUGUUUGAUUAGGCAGUAGGCAGUGUUUUAUUGAAGCUUAAUGCUCAAUGAUAGUGAUAGAAGAUAAAUAUUAGUAAUAUUAAGUAGCAAAUAUGAAAUUUUCACAACAAAGAGAAUUUGUCUACUCUUUAACAUUUACAUACCUUUGGUUUAUUCUUUUUUUUUAAAUCAAGUGCAUUUAAUGGAGUCAUUUCUAUAAUUAAGUUUGUAAUUUGGCGUAAGUCUUUUAAGCAGUUUCAAUUUGUGUUUGUUUCAUGGCAAUGUCUACAUGCCAUAUUUGUUUUACUGUGUUACUAUUAAUGUAUCAUAUGGUGUAUGUCUUGUUAAACAAGUCUGUUGAGCUUGAGCAAUUCUGAGCUAUGAGCUAACGAUGCUAUUGCCAUUGGCCUCUGAUGACAUCACAGGUGCUGCCCUGAGCUGGCCAAACUCUAGUUGUGGUAGCACAGCUAGGACUGCACCAUUUGCAUCUGACGUCCUCAAUGAUUAGUGCUGUGAACGUUUGGUUAAUACGUGCAAACCAACAGGAAGAUCGUGCAAAAUUUUUGAUCGUGGUGAUGAGUGGAAUGUUAAGAUUUGACUAGUUGAUUACAUGUAAUGAUUUCCAGGAGAGAAAAAAAUUAUGAAUAAUUCUAUAACUUGAGAGCUAAUAAUUUUUUUCCUCUGUGACGAACAUUUCUUAUUUGGAAUGCUAGUAUGAUUUUCAUUCAUUCUGAAGCAUUAGUGAUGGGAAAACUUUCCUUGUUAUUUUUUUUUUUUUUUUAAAUUAAUUAAAUUAGUUUGGAAAAAAGACCAGAAAAAGUAAACAGAACAAAAUUUUACUUUCCUCACAAAAAAAAAGUUUUAUAUUAGUUUGGUUAUGCACAAAGGUUAAGUGCAAGACCCCCAAAAUAAUAGCUAUGUAGCUUCGAACCAGCCUUAAUAUCAGUAUGUAUUAAGGCAUCUCGCUUAGUGUCAAAUGUCAAUCACACCUAAACAACAUAACAACCAGGAACAUGAAACAUCAAAUGUGUCCCCCCCUCCUCUUCCCCCCCCCCCCUCAAUGUUUUGGUUAUAAUUUAUAAAGUUUGUAGGUGAUUUGAGUAUUGAAAAUAUUAAAAUUACUUGUACAAAAUUGUUCAACAGGAGUUUCUUUGACAUACUUUUAAGUUGAAUACUAGCACAUAAUCACUUUAGAUAAAAGGUAGGUUAAUUUUAUAUGUUUUAAGGAAUAAUGGUCUAGUCAAAGUAAAAAAGUAAAAAAAAAAAACUCCUAAAAAUAAAUAUCUGCUGCUGUUAAAUAUGUAUUACUUUUAGGUCUGCUAAAUUAUACCAGUUUAAAACUGAAUGUUUCUCAUAUUAUAUACAACCAAAUUCUAUCAAAUAAAUGGGUAUUGCUAUUGGUGGCUUUUCUGUUUGCAAUUACAGUAUUUCUAGGUUAAAUAGCAUUAUUGUAAAAUUAUUACGGAUGUGCGAGUACCCGAUAUAUUCGGGUACGGUUCAAAUCCACAAUUAUUCGACCCCGGAAUCAUUGUACGUACACGGAUUCGAACAGUAAUAUGAAUAUUCACAAAAGUUAUAAAUUAAUUUAAUACAGCUCAAAAAUACUAGCAGUGAAAAAUAAAAUUAGGCUACUAUUAGAUAAGUAUUUAUAAUAUGAUGUAUCAAAGAAAGAUAUGUAAAUUAAAUAAUUAACACAGUGACAUUAAAAGAAUUUCGAGAUUUCGAGGGCUUAAACUAUAAUUACGAAUUUCGUCAUAUAACAAACUAUAAACUAAAAACAAUUACAUACGUACAAGAAAAAAACGUCUUGGCUAUUUAUUGUAGGAAAAUGGUUUCGUUUGCUGAAACAUUUAUAAAACUGAGAUUUCCCUGUGGCAUGCAGUUUAUUACAAUUGAGUUUGAGAAUCGUUUAUGUUUUGGUUUUCAUAUUUUAAAGUGUUUAUUAUUAAUUAAGUUUACAUAAUUAUAAACAUUUCAAUCUCAGUGUAAUAAAUAAUUGUCAGUAGUUACAGUUAGAAAAAAAAGAGAACAAACAUUAUUUUUAAAUUAAUCAGUUAUUUUUAAUUAUUCUGUGCUCAGUAUUCAGAAUCAUAUUCAUAUCUCAAAUAUUGCCAGGGAUUCGAAUUGGAUUCAAACCGAACUGAAAAUCAAGGAUUCGCACAUCCCUAAAAAUUAUUAUAAAUUGUGCCAAAAAAUGUUGCAUUUUUUUUUAAUUCAGGGAUAUGAGCUCAAUGAUGUGUGUGAAUUUGAUUCAAAUAGGGUAAUUGCUUAAAAGAGGGUGUGUUAACAAUUUUCUGUACUAAUUGUUUUUGUGCAAUUUUUGUGCAAAAUAAUUACAUACGUGUUUUUUUUUUUUUUUCAUUUUUAAUUAUUCAACAUAUAAUGUAUGAACAGUUUAUAUAUAGUUAAAUUUAAGCAGGAUUUAGUGCAGGUGUUUCGGAGUAACAGGUAAUUAGAUAAACUAUAAACUGUAUUUUGUUAGUGCCCCUCUAAGUAAUUACACGAACAAAAAAAAAGUAACAAUGAGUUCUUGAGGCUGUAAACUUUUUUUAAAAUAAUUAUUAAGAUGUUUUUCUUUAAAAUUACAUACCUGUAAGGAAUCUUUAAACUUUCAUUUUUUAAAUGUUAGGCUGAAAAAUUUAAUCUCAUGUAACCUUACGUUAGCACUCUGUAAUGCUUGAAUUUUAAAAGGCAUUACAUGGUGAAUUUUUAAAAAAUUUAAUAUGUAUUGGCAUAUUAGUUCUUCAGAUUAAUACUAGAAAUAUUAACACUUGUAAGCAUAUUUGUGCUUUAGCUGUUAAUCUUUACAGAAAGUACUGCACACAAACUUGUUUUCUAUCCCAUUACUAAACACCCAGCUGCCAGGUGAUUGUGUUUUUAUGUGUGUUACAGUGGUUAUUGCUAUUCUUUAUGUUGCUCUAUGGUAUGUCAGUAGUUACAUAUGUUAAGUACAUAACAGUUUUGUGAAGGAGGUGAAUUUGCAUAUCCAUAUUUGCGAUAUGGUGCUUUUUUUUGUUUUGUUUUGCAAAGCAGUCUGAAUAAUGAACAGUGUUUUAAAACCGCAUUUAUUACUGCAUUUUUUCUGUGCUCCUUUUACAUCAUAACAAUCUAUUUGAACUUAUUUUAGCUUUGGUGUGUCAAUAAUCUUGACUGUAUUUUUUUUUUUUUUUUAAAGAAAAGUUUAAAUGUAAACAUUUUACUUAUUCUGAUAAUCAUUUGCUUAACCAAAAUGCUUGUUUUGCAGCUUCCAAACAUUUAUAUUAAAUGCUUCCAAAGUCUGAGCCAAUUUCAUAAUUGUCUGCUCUUAGCUGUUUCAGUUUUGGGAUCAUAGUGACUAACAAAGGGAAGACAGUAGUUGUACAUUAAUGAAUAUGAUAAUAGUGUGGCUCUCAUUCGUAAAAUCUAAAAUACAUACAUUUAAAUGCUUUACUUUAAUCUAACAGUGUUUUUUGCACCAAUUGCUUGUAUGUUCAUUUAAAUUUUUGUGAAGCGUUUGUUCAGGAGUGUACUCGUGUUGCUUUCAAUUCUGUUUGAACAUUACAGUAAUUUCAGCAAAAUUUGAAUUUUUUUUAUCUUUGAAAUUCAAUGUAUAUUAAAUUGAAUGUUAUUUAGAAAUUAUAAUGCACGUUUUGAAGAAAACAAGUGUAUUAAUUAUUUAUGUGACUACCUAUAUCUUAUUUUCAGUAUAAUGUGAAUGAUCACUAGUAUUGGUGACUCGACAAUCCACUGCCAAUUUAGCUUGCAGUAAAAGUGAAGAACGUUUUUUAGCUUUACUGUUUAUAAAGUUUAUAUAAGUUAAUUUUACUACCAGCCAUGUAUUACAGCUUUAUAAAUAAUUUGGUUCACCGUCAAAAAUCACGAAAGCUUAUGAAUUUAAAACUGCAGGAACUGUUUCUGUAUCAUUUAGGAUCUACAUUGAAAAUAGAUAUGCAUGUCUUUUAAUGUAAUACUGACCAGGAAAUUCUAUAAGUGUUUCACAGGCAGGAGAAAAAUUGGGAUUUGUAUAGGAUUUUACAUUUUAGCCUAGUGUCUGGGAAUUUUUCUUUGCUAGUGUGGUUUACAAUGUGUUUUUGCAUUUAAAUCUUUCUCAGACCAAUAAGAAUUUUGUCAGUAGUUUUAUUAGAAGUCUGACUAUGGACUGAUAAUAUUUAGCCUCUAAAGUACGAAAGUUAUUUUGGGUCGGGGGACAUGAAGCGGAAGAUUAAGAAUUAUUUGGCAACAUUUUCUCUUGCUUUCUGUGUUUUUCAUCUCGUCUCAAGUAAAUCAUUGUUACUUACCUUAUCAGUACUUGGUAGUUGAUCAUGUUUAUCUGACAGAAGCCCUCUUGUAUGUCGCAUGUGUGUUGAAGCAUGUUUUAAAACGUGAGUACCAGCAUAUUAUUUAUUGAUUUCUUACACACUCGCCCCUCUAAGUAACACACUCACAAUUUGCAUGGGUUUUUAAUUAAUACUAACACCAAUAAAUUAUGCCAUGAUUUGAAAUAGCAUUUUUUUUUUGAUUACAUAAAAAUUAAUUUCAGUGUGUGCACAAUGGCAACAGUUCUCCUAUAGCGUUUAAUUUAAUGAAUCAACAAAUUAUAUUUUGCUCUUUCCUUAAAAAUUAUUCACUUUAUUCAUUGCAUAUUUAAUAUAGUUCAGUGGUUUAUAUUACUUAGAAAUAUAUCUCUGACACCCGAGUAUUCAGCCCAUGUUUCUAUUAUGCCAUCCUGCACGUCAGCAGCAACUACGGUGAGAGAAGCUUUCAGGGCUAGUUUACCUUGGGCUCACCAGGAUGCGCUAGUGGCAUGUCGUGGCAGGCACACAUUUAGUGAACAACAGCCUGGAAUUACGUUAACAUGUUAAACAAUCUUUCUAAUGUUAGAAAAUGUUAGGUAGGUUUAUGCUUUAUUAAAACUGUGUAUAUGUGCGGAUUUUGUUCUACAGGCAUUGUUUUUGGUAAAUCUUCUCAAUCUCUUUGCAAGUUAAAAAUUAAAUGGUUUAAACUUGGAAAUCACUAUAAUUCAAUUUGUGCUGUGUGACCAAAGUGCAAAAUUUUUGUACAGGAAUUUUGUUAGCUCAACAUGCUGGAUACUCUGCAGUUGUAUUAGGCGCUUGUCUGGAAAGUUGUGAACAUUACAGCUGAGGAACUCGACAGCAUUGCCACCUUAUUAGCAGAAGCAGGGAUUGUGUUGGCCUCAUGCUUGCUCCUGUUGUACGUAUCUGCUGGUCAUGUGGCCACGGGGCAAUUUUUUUUUCCUGCCCGUCUGUCGAAGACUGCGGAAUGACUGACGAAUGUUUUGUUGCCUUGUAAAUGAGCAUUAUUAACAUGGCUUUUCAUUCCUCAUUUUCAAGCUUUACAGAAGACUGUAAGCAAUUUUUAUGACAAAUUUUGAAGCAGGGGUAUUUCUAUAUAUGUAGUGUGUGCAAAGAAAGAUGACCGAUAAAGUUUGUGUGAUUGUCAUUUAAUAGUAAUUCAUGAAGAUAGCAGUGGUCAACAACAAGAUGUUCCAUUAAUGUUAAAUAAUGAAUAAAUUUGAUGGCAAAAAUAAUUUGAACCAAAAGUGUCUUUCUGUUUUACAAGAAUUAAAUAUCAAAUUUUGCUAUUGAUGAAAUACAACAUUAAAAUGUAUUUUCAAAAUUUUCAAUCCAAAUUUUACUUUAAAAAAAUAUUUUUUUUUACACAUUAACAUUUUUCAUUACAUUAUAAAUUUGUGUCCCAAACAUAUCUGCUCAUUGGGUAAAUAUAGAAUCAGAGCACCUUGAAACAAUGGCAGUGCUAAUGACAGAAAUUGUAUAUUGGAAAAAAAAAAGAGUAAAUGCCCAUUAAAAUAGCCACUGCAAUCCAAGAUUGAGACGUGCAAUAUAAAACCUAAAUAUUCAAAGUGAUAUAUCCGUUAUAAUUUGAUCAGGUAAACAAAUUAAGUUUUUAGAGUAAGAAUUAAGUUAAAACCACUUAAAAAUAAAAGUUUUUAUUUACAUAAUCCAAUGAUUUAUAAAAAAUACCAAAUAUUUGUUUACAUUUGCAUUCUUGUAUAGAUGGUUCACAUGAUUUUGAUUAUAACCAAUACUUACUGGCUGUUGCCUAAGAACGAUAUAAAUACAUUAUAAAAUCUUGUCAUCUUACAGCCGCUGGGCUCUUAACAAUUACAAAAAUAACAAAUCAAUGAUUACCAAUCAUAUCUUCAUAUCAACAAAA